GUUUUAACCGACUGUCGGCCCAUUAUGGUGCCGUCGAAGAAUGCGCUCGCUUUUUCGUUUCAUUGCAGUGGCCUCGGCUCUUUCACUCCUAUCUUUUCUACUCACUUACCGUCAACUUCAACGGAACGUGACGUAUGUGCUCCCGCUAUUUGCCCCACCCCGCCUGCCAUCUAAAGCCAUUGUCAAUUGCACCCAUGCUACAUGUUUCAACGCCUCGCUGUGUGCUCGUGAACAUCGCGACCGACCACUCAAUCGUAUCUCUGUGUUCGUUUAUCAUCCCACUGUUCAUGUGUACGAUUCUGGCCAGCACAUCAAUUUGGAAACCAGUAAUGAACAGUUUGAGCUACUUAGUACCAUACGUGCGAGCCGAUACGCUACCGACAAUCCUUUCGAGGCUUGUGUUUUCGUACCAAGUGUGGAUCUUUUGAAUGGAUUUGAUUCUUACGCCAAUCUCAGUUUGCGCAUACUGACUGCGCUUCCUUGGUGGAAUAAUGGCGCAAAUCAUCUCAUUUUUAGCAUAUUGCCAGGCCGACGGCACCAAUUUUCUGGCUUGGCCAUCAGUGCUAGCGCUGCACACUUUAUGCCCGCGUAUAGACCAACGUUUGACAUAUCGAUUCCCGCGUUCAACCCAAUGCGCGGUGUGGACUACGAUGCCCCCGUUCCACAUGCACGCCACUUGCUCACUAUUUUGCCCACAUACUCCCAAGCGGAUCUGCCAGGUCUAAAGCUCCUUCUGUCAUCGUAUCGCGAAUCUUCUUUCUGUCAAAAUGUGUCCGUUUUGAUGUUCGAUCGGCCAGAUACCGAUCGGCCAUUGAGCUCCUACGAUGACUUUCGGAGUGCCUUCUUGUCUACCACUCCGUACAAACAAGCCAUACGAACUACCACUCCUUACAUCAAGGCUUUGUCGGAAAGUCUGUUUUGUGCAAUUAUUCGUAUCAGUGCGGUUGGCCAGAUAGCUGUGUUUGACGCUAUGUCUACCGGAUGCAUUCCGAUUAUCGCGGAUGAUCGAUAUGUAUUACCAUUUUCCGAAGUGCUGGAUUGGUCCAAAUUUAGUGUCCGAGUACGGGCCACGGAACUACACUCGAUUCCAUCCUUGCUAGCGUCCUUCGGCGCGGACGAUGUUGCUCGCUUUCAAAGGCAACUCCAGUUCGUUUUCCUUCGAUACUUCUCCAGCAUGAGCAAGAUAGCCAUGACCACUUUGGACAUCAUCAACGAUCGCGUCUUUCCAUAUUACUCCCGUUCGUACGCAGAGUGGAACAAUCCAGACUAUCGCCAGCGUCUUUUCCCCAUCCAGCCCCUCAUAUUCUAUCCCACGAGAUCUGCGCUUGGCACUGGUUUCACUUUGCUGGUUCGAGGUCACCACCACUUCUCCCUACUCCACGAACUGCUCAUCCGGUUGAAUUCGAUCCCCCUUUUGCGUAGAAUUGUGGUCGUGUGGACCAAUCGGAACAUCCCUGCCCCAAACGCUGCGUUGUGGCCCUCGUUAAGCGUUCCAUUAUCUCUCGUACACGCGAACGACGUCAACGGAAGGUACUUCCCGUUUCCCCUAAUUGAAACUGAAGCGGUACUCUCCUUGGAAGACCACAAUUGCGCACCGUCGGUGGAGCAGAUUCAGCUGGCUUUUGAGCUUUGGUGUCAGAACCCCGACCGCUUAGUUGGUAUUCCGCCCGUGCUUAAUUUGUUCGCAAGUCGCAGUCAUUCCGCUCUCCAAAAGCCGCGGACUCUGUUGUCGGCAACUUUCGGCGCCUCGUUUUUUCAUAAGCAUUAUCUACAUUCGUACACUGAAUUGUUUUCGAAUGUGGUGUUGAAUUAUGUGAAAACGGUUAGUUCAUGCGAAGAUGUUCUGCUGAAUUGGUUGAUCGUGCAGCUGUCCGACAAACCCGUACUCACUGUCCACGGUGAAGGUGACACAAGCUCUGAAUCUGCCGGAGAAUGUCAUAUCAAAGCGAUUGAUCAUUGUUCCGGUGCCUUUACCUCUGAUCAGUUGUACGAAAAUGUUCCCGGCGUCCCCUUCGAAAUCGCAGCCUUUAUUGUGAAACGAAACUAGCUUGUGAAUUCCACUCAUAAACCUAUUCUGCCUGGGAAGCAUAUUUCACUCACCUGAACACCCAUUCCCCAGGAAGUCAACUCUACAGCUGUCACUGUCUCGGUGCUUUUUGAAGUCCACUGUGCCUUGCCAUGAUAAUGAUGUCUUUCUCGACGUCUGUUUUUGUGCUUCUUCCCAUUUUCUAAUCUGAUGUAUCACUUUUUUCUCUUCUCUUUUCUUUUCUUCCUCUCUGUUUGCCUUUCCACUAGAUACUUCUUGCUUCAACCUAAUGCUUUAUUUUUAUGGUAUUGUUUCAUUAUCUAUAGUAUUUUAUAUUCACAGUCACCUACAUGACUUGCAAAAUCGAUGUUGUUACCCGAACGUGAAAAAACCACAGAGAUAAAUUCCAUUUUGCC